AUGUCUGCCAACACCGUCUACGUGAUCACUGGCGCCAACAAAGGCAUCGGCCGCGGCAUCAUCGCCAUCCUCCUCCAGCGGCCCGCCACCACGGUGCUGGCCCUCGUCCGCGACCCCGCCGCCGAGACCUCGGCGACGCUCGCCUCGCUCCCCGCCGCCCCCGGGAGCGCCCUGCACGUCCUACCCCUCGACGCCGCCAUCGGCAGCGACGGCGGCGGCUCCUCCUCUGCCACUGCCUACACGCCCCAGCUAGCCACCCUGGCCGCGGCCGCCGGCGUUUCCCGCGUCGACGUGGUGGUCGCCAACGCCGGCGGCAGCUCCGGGUACAAGACCGUGCUAGACACGGAGCCCGCCGACGCCGCGCACGACUUUGCCGUCAACGCCGUCGGGCCGCUGCGCCUGUUCCGUGCCGCCUGGCCGCUGCUGAUGCUCUCGGCGGCCGGGGGUGGUGGUGGUGGUGGCGAUGCUACUGCUGCCGCGGGGGCAAAGUUUGUGUACAUGACGAGCUCGGUCGGCAGCAUCGCGGGCCAGCGGGAGGAGUCGUUUCCCAGCACCGCCUACGGCAUGAGCAAGGCCGCCGCCAACUGGCUGCUCGUCAAGAUUGGCGUCGAGCUCGGCCCGAGUGGGUUGAGCGUCAUGGCGCUGCAUCCUGGCUGGGUCAAGACCUCGAUGGGCCAGGGCAUCGCCGACGCCAUCGGAUUCCCGGAGCCGCCCAUGACCGUUGAGGACAGCGCCCGCGCGUGCGUCGAGCAGAUCGACAGGCUCGGCCCCGAGACCUCGGGCCGGUUCGUCUCGCACGACGGCAAGAUUCUUCCGUGGUGA